AUGCUGUCUUCUUCUUACGACGUACUCAUUGUUGGUGCCGGUGUAGCAGGCCCAGCCCUUGCUUAUGCCCUUGCCACAAAGACAUAUGCUAAGCGUAACGCUCCUCUUCGGAUAGCUCUGCUUGAGCGUUCCCUGUCGAAGCCAGACCGUAUGGUCGCCGAAUUACUCCAGCCAGGUGGCGUUGCCUCGCUCAAGAAGCUUGGUCUGGAGUCAUGCCUCGGGGAUUUUGGCUCUACCCCUUUGUCAGGGUUUUAUGUUAUGCGAGGGGAGCGUGUCAUUCGCAGCUCAUUCCCUGAAGGCUAUGAGGGGCGAGCUUUCGAACAUGGGGAAUUUAUCAUGGCCUUGCGCAACCGCGCACGGCGGGCGCCCAAUGUCGACAUGAUCGAGACCACAGUAACCGGUCUCAUCGAGAACGAUGACACACAUCGCGUAAUAGGUGUUCGCACCUCCAAAGCGGAUGGUCAGUCAGAGUCAUACUUUGCUGACCUCGUCGUUCUCGCAGACGGCUCCCUAUCCAAGUUCAGGACUGCCGUCCUCGGGAACAUGCCGUAUGAGCCCUCGCAAAAGGGUUAUUUGGCAGGUCUAAUUGUGAAAGACCUGACGCUGCCGGCGCCAAGGUAUGCCACUAUGAUUGUACUGAAAGGCGCUGGACCGGUCGUCCUUUAUGAGCUCCCCAACAACGAGUAUCGGAUGCUGGUCGAGUUGAAGGCGGCACCGCUAGACCUCAAGGAUCAUAUAUUGCGCAACGUUGUUCCUCAGCUUCCAUUAUCGGUACGCGCGCCCAUCCUCAAUGCUCUGGAAACGUCGCGUUUGCGACGAGUCCCGCAUUAUUAUCUUCCGCCCACAAAGCAGGGAGAAUCUAGCAAGGCAGGCGCAUUCUUACUGGGAGAUUCAUUAAAUAUGCGCCACCCGCUAACUGCGGGUGGAAUGACGGUCGCCUUGAAUGACGUAGUCAUUCUCUCUGAUCUUCUGGCCCACAUCGAGAAUUUUGGUAACUGGGAUGAAAUAUCAGCCGUACUCCGGAAGUGGACCCACAUGAGAAAACCGCUCGCAUCCACCAUCAAUACCAUGAGCAUGAGUUGGGCUGGCCUAUUUUCAGCUGAAGGCGAGGCGUUUGAGAUUCUGCAAGACGGAGCAUUCCAGUUUAUCGGGCAAGGUCCCAAGUAUUCCGAGGGACCCAUGGCAUUAGCAGCUGGGAUCACUGCGUCUCCGUUACUGCUGGCAUACAAUUCUCUUGCCAUAGCGUUUUACUCCAUUUGGGUGUUGUUCACCCACCCCAGACCUGGAAAUAAAUUUGCUCCGCAAUUUUACGAAUACCCAUUGCUUUUGGUUAAAGCAUUGACCGUCCUGUGGACUAUCGGCAACGUGAUGGGGCCGGUGUUGUGGGCGGAAAUGUGAUCCCUUUACGACCUAUACGACAUAUAUCAGUGAUGACUUCUAAUGUUAUGCUUCA